UCACUACCCCCCUCCCAACAUUACUACUACUAAUACGUUAGUGUCUCCGCACUUGGUACAUAGGUUAGUAACUGAGCGAAGCUUGUCUCGAAAGGCCCUGAAUCAGCUCUUGUCACUAUGUCUGGAGGAAUACCACCACCCAUCAAAGAUGUGAAGAUCAAAUACUCGCAGAUCUUCAUCAACAAUGAAUUUGUGAAUUCAAUCAGUGGCAAAACCUUUCCAACUCUGAAUCCCUGUCAUGGAGAACCUAUUUGUCAGGUCCAGGAAAGUGACAAAGCUGAUGUAGACAAAGCUGUAGCAGCUGCUAAAGCUGCUUUCAAGUGGGGCUCAGAAUGGCGCCGUACAGAUGCAAGCAAGAGAGGUUUGCUACUCAACAAGUUAGCUGGCUUGAUUGAGAGAGACCUUGUCUAUGCUGCAAGUCUGGAAACAUUGGAUUGUGGUAAACCUUACAAAGCAGCAUUUGGUGAUAUAGCAUUUGCCAUCAAUUGUCUACGAUAUUAUGCUGGUUGGGCAGACAAGGUUGAAGGAAAGACAAUUCCAGUGGAUGGUGACUUCUUCUGCUACACCAAACAUGAACCCGUUGGAAUAUGUGGACAGAUUAUUCCAUGGAAUUAUCCAAUUCCAAUGUUUAUAUGGAAAAUAGCUCCUGCCUUGGCUUGUGGUAAUGUUUGUGUCGUGAAACCUGCUGAACAAACCCCUCUCACUGCCCUAUAUUUAGGAGCUCUGAUAAAGGAGGCAGGUUUUCCACCUGGUGUUGUUAACAUCGUACCUGGCUAUGGGCCCACAGCUGGGGCAGCAAUAAGCACACACCCUGACAUUAACAAAGUUGCAUUCACUGGUUCAACAGAGAUUGGUCAAAUAAUUAUGCAAGCCGCUGGUGCUUCCAACUUGAAGCGCUGUUCUCUGGAACUUGGUGGCAAAAGUCCAUGUGUUAUUUUUGCUGAUGCUGACCUUGAUUCUGCAGUGGAAGAAGCUCAUGAGGCUGUCAUGACCAACAUGGGCCAGUGCUGUGUUGCUGGUUCACGUACAUAUGUACAGGAGGCCAUCUAUGAUGAAUUUGUUGCCAGGAGUGUUGCCAGAGCCCAGAGACGAAAAGUUGGCGAUCCCUUUGACUUUGAAACAGAAAAUGGACCUCAGGUUGAUGCCGACCAGCUGUCUAAGAUCAUUGAUUUGGUGAAGAGUGGAGAAUCAGAAGGUGCCAAAAUGAUGUGCGGAGGAAAACAGAAAGGGGACAAAGGAUAUUUUAUGGAACCAACCGUUUUUGCUAAUGUCAACGACAACAUGAGAAUCACCAAAGAAGAGAUAUUUGGUCCAGUACAACAGAUCAUAAAGUUCCAUGAUAUUGAGGAAGUCAUAGAGCGUGCCAAUAAAACACACUACGGCCUUGGAGCUGCUAUCUUCACCAAAGACAUUGACAAGGCUAUGACCUUCACAAGUGCUGUUCAGGCUGGAACUGUUUGGGUGAACACCUAUAACAGUGUAACCCCACAAUCUCCAUUUGGUGGAUUUAAAAUGUCAGGAAUUGGCAGAGAAUUGGGAGAAUAUGGUCUUCAUGAAUAUACAGAAGUGAAAAAUGUCAUUAUUAAAGUUGCCCAGAAGAAUUCGCCACUGCCGAACAGGAAUCCAGAAAUUAAAUAUACUCAGAUUCUCAUCAACAAUGAAUUUGUAAAUUCAGCCAGUGGCAAAACUUUUCCAACUCUGAAUCCCUGUCUUGGAGAAACUAUAUGUGAAAUCCAGGAAAGUGACAAGGCUGACAUAGAUAAAGCUGUAGAAGCUGCUAAAGCUGCCUUCAAGAGAGGCUCCAAAUGGCGCUGUAUGAACGCCAGUGAGAGAGGCUUGCUACUCAACAAGUUGGGUCACUUAAUUGAGAGAGACAGAAUAUAUUUGGCUAGUCUGGAAACCCUUGAUAAUGGUAAACCUUUCAAAUCCUCUUUGGGUGACAUUGAAUUUAGUCUAUCUGUACUGAGAUAUUACGCUGGUUGGGCAGACAAGAUUGAAGGAAAGACAAUUCCAGUUGAUGGUGACUUCUUCUGCUACACCAAACAUGAACCAGUUGGAAUAUGUGGACAGAUUAUUCCGUGGAACUUUCCUCUCUUGAUGUUCCUCAUGAAACUUGGUCCUGCUCUGGCUUGUGGUAAUGUCUGUGUUGUGAAACCUGCUGAACAGACACCUCUCACAGCUUUAUAUAUGGGUGCAUUGUUGGUAGAGGCAGGUUUUCCACCUGGUGUUGUUAACAUCGUACCUGGCUAUGGGCCCACAGCUGGGGCAGCAAUAAGCACACACCCUGAGAUUAACAAAGUAGCAUUCACUGGUUCAACAGAGGUGGGUCAAAUAAUUAUGCAAGCCGCUGGUGUUUCCAACCUGAAGCGUUGUUCUCUGGAACUUGGUGGCAAAAGUCCAUGUGUUAUUUUUGCAGAUGCUGACCUUGAUUCUGCAGCAGCAACUGCUCAUGAAGCUGCUAUGAUUUCUAUGGGUCAGUGUUGCUUUGCUGGGUCUCGCACAUUUGUCCAGGAUUCUAUCUAUGAUGAGUUUGUUGCCAAGAGUGUUGAACUGGCUAAAAAACGCUAUGUAGGGGAUCCUUUUGAUAGCCAGACCAUAAAUGGACCACAAGUGGAUGCAACACAGCUGUCUAAGAUCAUUGAUCUGGUGAAGAGUGGGGAAUCAGAAGGUGCCAGAAUGAUGUGCGGAGGAAAACAAAAAGGGGACAAAGGAUAUUUUAUGGAACCAACCGUCUUUGCUGAUGUCAAAGACAACAUGAGAAUCGCCAAAGAAGAGAUAUUUGGUCCAGUACAACAAAUUAUGAAGUUCCAUGAUAUGGAUGAAGUUAUAGAACGUGCCAAUAAUACUCAUUACGGAUUAGCAGCUGCCAUCUUUACAAAAGAUAUUGACAGAAUUAUGACCUUCACAAAUGCUAUACAAGCUGGAACGGUGUGGGUAAAUACCUAUUGCAAUGUAGCAUGUCAGGCUCCAUUUGGUGGCUUUAAGAUGUCUGGAAUUGGCAGAGAAUUAGGGGAAGAAUGUCUUCGUGAGUACACAGAGGUAAAGAAUGUUAUAAUCAAAGUACCUCAAAAAAACUCAUAAAGACAUCACUUUGCCUUGCUCGGGGGCUUAAUGCCUUCAGCUUAAGCCUUUGGCCCAACUGGUUUCGAGUAGUAUUAGAGAAGAUUGGGCAAAACUAUGUGGACAUUCCAGACUCCGACUGAAGAAGCAAUUAGCCGUGAAUGAUCCGUGCAUCUUGUUUUGUCCUGUUUGCCAUUGUUGUGCUAUUGUUUUUUUCCUGUUUGUUAUGUUUUGAUGAUUUCGGAUCUUUUUGGUUUGACGGGCAACACUUGUUUUAUUGACGAAAAGCGUCGAAAGAUUGGAAUUGUGAUUUCCCAGAAAUGAUUUCUGAAUGUUCCAAUAAAUAUACCAAUACACUGGUACAAAAAAGCACACACACACACACACAUUAAAUCAUAAUUUACAUAUUUUCAAUAAUCCGAUACACAAAUCGUCAAAUAAUUUCCACUUUUGAGCGUUAGAUAUAAAAAAAUAAGAGUUAUGUCCCUUCCUUACAAUGUAUUAACUUUCAUAUUUUUCCGUGAAUACAAAAUGUAGUUUCCAUU